AAGUUGGCGCUUCCCGAUAUUCUAGUCGUAGUCGAACACAAAAAUUUCAAGGUUAUCAAAUAUGGCGUGAUGGCAUGUGGGUAUUUUAAUAUUGAAUUUUAAUGUAUCUGUGUGGAAGAAGUGAUUAGCUUUCGUAAAAUGUAGUCUUUUUUUUACCUUCGACAACAGUGUUUGCGACACAGUGAGUGAAACAGCAACAAAUGUGACACCAUAGACGAUUCAAGGAAGCAACUAGCCUCACAUCAGGGUAGUGCGUGAAAUGUUCUUCGAUAUGGCCGUGAAAUUAUAUUUAACUGACGCGAGAGUAGGAUGCCGAAACAAAAGAACAUUGGUUACUGCUGCAUGUAGUAACCUUCUUCGUGCAAAAUGUUGAAUAUUAUAACUGAGAAAAACGCAUAGCUGAUUAUGAAGUCAUUAUUAAACACUUGAAAUGAAAGUUUUGAGUUAUUUGAAUACGUAGUCCCUUAUAUUUGCCCUCAGCUGUGAAAAAGAAAUGCAUUUUUCUGUUCUAUGUAAAUUACCACGUGCAACAUUUUGUAGCGGCUCUCAUAAAAUGAAAUAAAACGGUGAUACUAUUUCGAUACCACAAUGGAAAAUUCAGAUAAAUUCGGUAUUGUAAUGGAAAAACCAAAGACAGAGCCUCCUAAUAACGAUGCCUUAAAUUACGAUUCAGAUUUGUCCCCACAUUGUCACACUGUCGUCUCAGAGCUGCUAGAUUUAACAAAAUGUGAUAGGUUAGAUGGUUCUGGUGUAUGUGAUACGCGAACAGAUUCUUCAGCAAAUUGGUCACCUUCAGAAAGCAUUUUGCGUCAGGCAUUAAUGUCAUUUGCCACAGCAGAGGAGAAAACUAUGCCGUGUUAUGAACAUGGGAAAGACGACUUAAAAGACACAGAUGAAAUAUUUCAUGUGGAGGAUCUUAAAAUAUUUCCCCCUAAUUUCUUUAAUGAUAAUAUGGUGGCAAAGGCGCAUCAGCUUGAUUCUCAGCAAUUUACAUUCUUCCCAUCAGAAACCAACCCUCUGCUUCCUGAUACACUUUCUGGCGUCACCCAAGUGUGUCCUCUGAACAACAGUACAUUUAUUGCAGCACCACCUUUUGUGCCAUCAUCGUCAGUUGCUAGUCUUUCAGACUCAAGUCAGUUAUCAUUUGUCACUUCAAUUGCUCAGCAUACUGCUCCAACACCAAAUACAUCACAUUUUUCUGUAACCUCUUCGUCCUUGUCCAACAAAUGUGAUGGAUCUUUGUGUGAUAUGGCACUGCCAUCUGCAAACACCUUUGUACCCAAGCAGGACACAUUUCCAUCAUCAAAAGAUGUUACUAUGGAUGCUGCUUUCUCAGCAGUGCCAAAGACUGAGAACAACCUAACCAUUGAUGACUCUGUUCCAUUACCCUUAUUGUCAAAUUUGAAAUCAAGUUUAUCACAAGAUAUUCCAGAAAAUCAUCCCAAUCCUUCAAAUCUUGACAGGGAUGUUCUGACAACAGCUUUGUCUUCCUCUGCUGCCUUUGAUUCUGUCACCGAUGAUGAAGACGUACCUAAAUUCCUUGAUUCUGGAGUAUCUGAUGUGUGUGAGACUGAAAAUGGUAUAAAGAUUGACAUAAAAUCAGAUGAUUCGUCUGAUUUUAGCCACAAUUCAUUGAUGCCAUUACCAGAUGCCAGGCACAAAACUUCUGUCACUCAAAGCACACUGUUGCCUAUGUCAAGUAACAUAAUCUUGAACAAAAAUGAGCAUUCCACAACAUCUGUUGAACAGAUUAUUUCAAUUCCUAACACGGUAUGUGGCAGUGAAUUGAACAUUCCACUUUCAGUUCCUGUCUCCUCUGACACAGUACACAUAUGUAAUUCAGUAAUUAGUGGAGAAUCUGGACAAGUAACUUCUGUAAGAGAUCCUCGCUUAGGACAAACACCAUCUUGGCAAAACCAUGGAAUAUCUAUGGCAACAUUAAGUUCAGCUCGUGACAGAAUGCUUACAGAAUGCUCAGUGUUUGGACCAAAUACAGCAGCCACAAAUAUUUCUGGCAUCAAUGUUACAGCUAUGAUGCAAGCUUCAGGUGCUGUUCAAUUGUCAGACACGUCUGCACAGUCACUUGAUAUUUCUGCACAGUCCUCUCAGUCCUCCGCACCUGAUCAAGUUACAUCUGUAGUCACCAGUUUCUCAGCUUUGGACUCGUCUUAUGCUGUGCAGUCUCCUGCAGAAAUUCUAUCUCAGCUGUCUAGAGCUGGUGCUUUCCCUGCGAUGACAAGUAGUCAGGUGUCGUCUGUGCUGUCAGCUCUGAAUUCAGAAUUUAAUCAUGAUUCUGAAACUGAUACUGGUCCACAAGAUGAACUUAGUAAUGAACAGGUAUUGCAAGCACCGGUCAGUGUGGAAAAAGUUUCAACAACAACUCAGACUGAAGAUGUAACUUUCACAGGUAAUAUAUGCCAAGAAAGCAAAAAGACCACAGAGGUGAACUCCCCCACAGUAGCCAGUGAUCAUCCAGAGAACACCACCAGUCAUUCAGGCAAAAGUAUUAAAAAACCAGAAGUUAAAGAUGGACCAAUGGCAGUCAGUACCAAAGAAAUGCCACCACUUGUGAAUCGCAUUCCAUUGUACACAAAAAUUGUAGCUAUUAUCUUGAAAACAACACAGGCUGAAGUUAAAAAGACAGCAAUUCCAGUGGAUAACACAAAUACAAAAAAGAGUACUGACAGUUCAUCUGUGGUUUCUACUAAUCCAACAGACAUUGCCCACAAGAAAGAAGAAAAUAUAUCACCUCCAGCUUCCAUUACUAAGCAGGAAACUGUUAGUGUUAAGCCAAAAAGCAAAUUGUUGAAUGAAGAAAAACCAAGUAAUGCAAAACUGAGCUCAAAAUUAAAAAAGAAGAAGCCGAAAAACAAUUGGUCUAAACCAAACAGGAACUGCUCUGCAAGACACGUCCAUACAAAAAAUUCCGCAGUCAAACUUAAGAGACGCAAAAAAGCUAAACAAAAUAAUGAUAGUUAUAUUUCAAAAUUUGUUGAAAAACUUUUCUGUUACAGGUGCAAAUUUUGUCCAUUCAUUAGUCUGCAGAAAUCUGCAGUAAGUUUACAUAUUGAAAAGGAACAUGCGGCCAAUGUGGAAGCUUCAAGUGGUCCCAUGCAGUUAAAAUGUGUCAUCUGUCAACGCAUAUAUGAAGGUGUGGCUCCUCUCAAAGAGCACUUGCUUAGUGUCCAUAAACUGACUGACGAAAAAGCCAAAGAACUCGCAACUAGUUCACUCUUCAGGAAUAAGAAUUUAGUAAUAAAUCACGUUGCAGAGAAAGAGACCGCCAUUGUAGAUAAGAGUGUUAAAAAUGAUUCUUCAGAGAUCAAUACCAAAGUUGCUGAGAAUAAUGAAAAACCAAAAGAUAAAACAUUCAUGGAGAAAAGUAGAAUAAGAGUAAAAAAUUUGGAGAGUGAGAAGGUUUCAUUUUCAGAGGUGUCACCUUCAGUGAAAGAGAAGGAUAUUGCAGAACAAGAAGUAGCAAGCUUUAAUGGUCAUGGAAAUGACUGUACCAGCUCACCUAUUUUAGACCAGACUGCUGCAGAUUUGACAGAUAUGGCUCAACAGAAUGAAGGCACUCAUAAAGUUAAUUCCUACAACUAUAAGCCUGCGUGGCUGCAGUGUCGUGUUUUGGUGAAAGAGGAUGGAGCCAUAGAAGCUGCAGAUGAAAAACUAAAAAUUGCUAGAAAACGUGGCAGACCAAAAGGAUCCAGAAAUCAAUUAACCUCUGGUAGUAGCAGAAAGAAAGCUUCAUCAAAUUCAACAAAUGAGAAGGAGACUGGCUUCAGCUGUAACAUAGACAACUGUGCAGUCCGUAUGCGCUCUCUAGAAAACAUUGAGUAUCACAGACGAUGUCAUAAUGGUGCCCAGUAUUCUUGUCCAGAAUGCAGCCAUGUUCACUGCCAUUGGAAUGGAAUGAGCACACACUUAUGGCGGACACAUGUAAUAAAUAUGGAGCUAUUUUCUUGUGAUCAGUGCUCUUAUAAAACAACAAGUUACAGCAAGCUGAUCAACAUGCAUAAACGAAUCCAUGGCAGUGAGCGACCUUUCCUCUGUGAUACAUGUGGCAAGGGCUUCAAGAAUACAAAACAGUUACGAAAUCACAGGAGCAUCCACUAUGCAAGUUCCAAAUCAAGGCAAGAGCAUGAAGGAGAAUGUGAUGUAUGUGGCCGAACUUUUUCCACUUUGCGCAAAUUGCGACUGCACAAGGAUAACGUCCACCAUAAGGUCCGUCGACACCUGUGCAGUAACUGUGGCUACUGCGCGUCCUCCAUCAGCUCCCUGAAAAUGCACAUGAGGCAACAUACAGGUGAAAAGCCAUUCAAAUGCAAUGAAUGCGACUACCAGACCUCCGACCACAAUUCCCUCCGGCGUCACAAAAUGCGCCACAGUGGAGCCAAGCCUUACAAGUGCCCUCACUGUACUUACGCUUGCAUUCAGUCCAGUACAUACAAGGCACAUAUAAAAACCAAACAUCCAGGUCUAGAUAAUGGCUUGAUGUUUAGCUGCAACGAAUGUAAUUUUCAUACUGUGAAAGAAGAUAACUACUUGGCACAUUUGGGAGAGCACAAACUGGGCACAUUUCCUGCCAACAAGAAGUUGAAGAAAUUGCAGGACGAGGAUAGUGGAGGAUUUAAUUUCGAUAUGCCAUUUGAAUCAGAUUACGUUGCACACCUAGUUGAGCCCUUACUUGUGGACAGCAAUGGGAUGCGGCAACGUCUUCCAGAACUGAGUGUUCAUGCUGCAGAGACUAUUUCAGAUAUUCAGUUUCACCCAGGACGGGAAAAUGAACAAAUCAUGGGGGACUUCCAAGAACCUCGAGAGCUGAAGUUUAGUGUAUUGCAACAAGCAGCCCCCUGAAGAUACAAGCUAACAUCAUAUUCCUGACUUGACAACUAAAGGAUUCUAAUAGUAAACUGUUCAGCAUGUCACUUAAUUCACUGUUACUUUUAACUGAUCCUGUCCUAAGCAGUGAAUAGAUGAGCAAAUUCCUUAUCCUUUGACUUGCAUUUUUUGAACUAGUCUUUAGAGUCCUCUUGCUUCUGUUGUUUUUCUUGUUGUUGUUAUUACAAGACAUUAUUGUAUGCAUAAAAAUGUUUAAGUCACACAUAUGAUAGAGAUAUAAAGAAGUUGACACCGAGUCUCCACAAAAUGUAAGAUUUAUUUUUUGUGAUCAAGAAUUAAAAAUGUCAAUGGAAAAAGUAGUCUGUACCAUGUAACAAGAGAGAGAAAUAUAAUAAUAAUAAUUAUUAUGGUGCUCAGCUGGACAGAGAAAUGUAAGGUAAUUUGUGUGAACUAUGUCACUUGGGCAUCUGGAUAUUGAAAAUGAUGUACAAAGUUUAUAACAAUGCAUAUAAGACAAUGGACAGCACCAUAUGUCAUAAAGAUGUGAGAAGCUGUGUAUGGAGAAGAUCCUUUACACUUAAUUCUCAGGGGUAUUUAUUCCUCUUUAGCAUCUCUCUUGUCAUGUAUGUUGAAUGGUUCACAUUUCAUUAUCUUUUUGCAAAUUUUGUAUAACUUGUUUUUGUUAUUUCUUGCACAAAGAAGGAGAUCUUUGGCUACAAAUCCCAGAUUCAGUGUCAGCUUUCAUAAUCACAGUGUAGACCAAUCUACAAUUUACUUUUCCAGUACACUGUUUCCAUUGCUAAACAUUCUGCAACGUGCUUUGCAGUGGGUAAUAUUCACCUCUAAAUCCAUUUUUUGUGCCUGUCCUUUGAAACUCUGUUUCCUUUGCUCUGUAAACAAAUACUUACUUUGUUCAUAUUUUGCAACAAAGGAUAUGAUUGCUAGAUGUUCUGCAACUUGGAUUCAUUGUUGGGUAUUACCCACGGAGUAUUUGCAUUUGAAACAAGUCUCUGUAUAUUAAUGUUACAUUAUUUUUUAAACUAUGUUUUCUAAUUUUUUUGUGUGCGUAAGAAGCUAAUUGCAAGUAUCUUCUCUAAAGACUUGGAAACGUUGGGAACAGAAUCUAAACUUGCAUUAAAAAUAUACAAUAUUUUGAAAUAGCUACCUAAUUUAUUUAAUUUGUUAUUUCUCAUAAUAUGUUUCUUGCGGCCAAUAUGAUCUUCUGUUAAUGUACAUAAUUGUACAAGUUAUGUAAGUAUGGUAAAUGUUGUUACAUUCAUUUUUCAAUUCACUUUUUUUCAUAUGAGACUGACAUUUAUUUUAAGGGGUUUAAUAUUACAUUAUUUUUAUAGGUUGCAAUUAAAAUAUAAUUUUGUAUUCUUCAUUUAGAAGAAGUACACAUAAUGUAUAUUAAUUGUUUAAACUAUUUUGUUUUUGUACAAUGGUUGUAAACAAUGCAGAAAUUACAAUGCCAAAAUCUAUUUAUUUUUCUGUAUUUGCGUUACAAAUUAAAAGUGACCAUAUAUAAAUAAUGUAUGUUUCUUACAUUCCAUCCAUACAUUGAGGUAACAUUAUUGGAAGUGUACAAUGGUUUCGAUUUGAAGCAUUUUCCACUAAAUAAAUUAAUAGUAAUCAUGACAUUAAUUAUUAAAUGAAUGUCCAUGGAAUGUUAUUGUUUUAAAGGACUGUGAUACCACUACGUUUGUAUAUAGCUAUGUAAUCUUUAGUAUGUCCUAUUUCCUUAAAUGUUUGUAAUUUCCAUCCAACAUCUUGAAAGUCUUUAUCAAAAGGUGCUGGUUUUGAAUGUCUCCCACUACCAAUUGUUGGACCAAUGAUAAUGAGCCACCCACCUUCAUACACCUUCAAAUAAUCAUAAAAGGCCGUGUUGUUAUUAAAAUAACAGAAGAGGAGUGCGUGUUCCUUGGGAAGUUUUGUCAGUUCAUCAUCAUCUUUUACAAAUCUCAGGGGGAUGAAUGUGGGCGGUGCAUAUGGAGAUUCCCACCAUGCACGGUCUACUUCAACUCCUAUUACAGCCAAACCUGGCAAAAGAAAAAUUUUAAGGUCCCAUUUUUAUCUAACACUAUAACAUAACAUCAUUCUCUUCACCUGUAGCAUUGGUGAUUAACCACUCCAGUAGUCCAGUUCCACAGCCUACACUCACUAUCAGAGGAAUGUUUUCAUCUUUCAUUGUUUUUCCUAUGAAUAAUAAAUCCUCUUCUGUUGGCUGCACCCACAACAGAUGUCUGAAGCAUGAAGUACAUUCCCCAUGAUCCACAUUCAACAGUGAGAGAAUAUUUCUCCAGUCUCCUGGAAAAAGAUGACACUUUAGUUGUGGAAGAGUAUUACAAUGCAUGAUACCUCAACUGCAUCCAGAAUAUAACAAAUACAAAGGUUGCAACCUGAUACGCAGAUUUGUAUGAACUAAAUGUAAUAACAUCAGUAAUCGUUGUAAAGAAAUGCGCCCAUCUUCUUUCUUUUGUACUGUACUGUUUUUCACCAGCACUACUUAAAAUGUACAGUCUUAUUUCAUAAGUGAAUCCACAGCUCUCUCUAUCUAUCUAUCCCACUUUCUCUCUCUCUCUCUCUCUCUCUCUCUCUCACACACACACACACACACACACACACACACACACACACACACACACACUGUUUGGUAGGUAAUGUUUGGAAUAAUAAAUCACAGCAGAGGGAAAUUUUGUGACCAUUCAAUGUUUAUUCUGCCAAUGCUAUUCUGUGUUACACCUUUAGUCUCACCAGCAGUAAUCUCAACGGGGAGAACAUUUUUUUCUUUAUUUCAUGUAAUGUGUUAACUGCUAUGUAUGAACAGGCUUUGAGAGAAUUACCCUUGAUCUCUAGUUUCACAAUUUGUGUAACCAUGACAGUUUAAAAACACAUUUGACGUUAAAAUAAUUGGAAAUUUCUAUGGUAAAGUUACCUCAGAAACAGAGAAACUUUGCCAAUAUGCUAAAAUCUGUGGAAACUCUAAAAACUGCAAAGGAAAAGAUAUUUAAACUAUGUAAAAUUUGUGUUCAAAGAUGUGAAACAAGAUCUCUUUUGCCAUUGAAAUGAAAGGACUUGUUUGAAGCUCUCUGCUCACUCAUUACAGCUUUUUUAAUAUAAGCACUUAAUUCUUUUCAGUGGUUCUAAGUGGAAUAUUACAUCUUUUAGCUGCUUUCCGCUGAUCAUUUCCCUACUAACCAUUGCAGAGACAGCAGGUCACAGAGUAAUACCAUCAUGGUUUUGAUACUUGUGGACUCCCAGCCUGGUCCAAUGUGCACCUUAGAAUUUUAAAAACAUGUAAAACAAAACAAAAUAUAUAAGAUAUGAUGAAGGAAAGUGUGUGAAAAGUUGAGAAAUUCUGGAAUGGCAAAGUUGUCCUACUUCCACCAAACUUGCUGGUACAAUUUAACCAAAUUAUAUUAAUGCAUCACAAUACUUACAUCUAAAUGUGAUUUGAAAGACAAUUACAUGCUCUGCUAAGCAAGUCAAAUAGUUUAUACUCAAAUACGAAAGAAUGAGCAUGGCAAGACAAUUUUAUAGGGGGGAAAAUCCUUCUCUUGGUAGAAGCAAAACACCAAAAAACAAUUGUAAACAUGUGUCAGUAUUGAAAAUAUGCAUAAUGGCCAUUGUUAAAUGUCUUCUUUGUAUGAUGCAAACACUGGUGUCUCUAUUGGUUAGUUCAGGAACUUCGCAAAGUGCCAAAUGCAACAGUUUUCAAAAGUGGCAAGGUUGUCACAGUCAACCAUACAUUUUCCAUUUUGUUUGUGGUUUCACUGCGUACUCAGCAACUCCUCUUGUCACAAAAACACUACUACUUUAUACCUGUGGUUAAGGGAAAGAUUUUUAAAUUCCAUUUUACACUAAAUGAAAAUAGACAGUGUGACAAUUGUGUAUUUUAAGCCUUGUGUAAUCAAGUUGUAUGAUUCAUAUAAAGCAAUAGUGAAAUUUAAAAUUUGUUAAAGACAAGUCUGGACAAUGUACCUGUGUCUUCCACAGUGGGCACAUGGCAGUAUUGCUCUCUAUCAUGUGCUCGAUUUGUAACUAUGUAAAGUUCUGUAUUAUAGAACUGACUGUUGAUUAGAAUAUACAUAUUAAUAUUAUCCUUUUUAACACUUGCCAUUACAAAUUUAAAACUGUUACAAUGUACCUUUCAGUAUUAUUGUGUUGGUAUUUGUUAAUAAAACUGUACAUUAUGUUGA